AUGGGGCACAAUGUGCCGCAUGCUUACCUGCUCGCCACAUGCUUACCUGCUCGCCACAUGCUUACCUGCUCGCCACAUGCUUACCUGCUCGCCACAUGCUUACCUGCUCGCCGCAUGCUUACCUGCUCGCAGCAUGCUCACCUGCUCGCCGCAUGCUCACCUGCUCGCCACAUGCUUACCUGCUCGCCGCAUGCUCACCUGCUCGCCACAUGCUCACCUGCUCGCCGCAUGCUUACCUGCUCGCCGCAUGCUUACCUGCUCGCCGCAUGCUUACCUGCUCGCCACAUGCUUACCUACUCACCGCAUGCUCACCUGCUCGCCCCAUGCUCACCUGCUCGCCGCAUGCUCACCUGCUUGCCGCAUGCUCGCCUGCUCGCCACAUGCUUACCUGCUCGCCACAUGCUUACCUGCUCGCCGUAUGCUUACCUGCCCGCCACAUGCUUACCUGCUCGCCGCAUGCUUACCUGCUCGGCGCAUGCUGACCUGCUCACCGCAUGCUCACCUGCUCGCCACAUGCUUACCUGCUCGCCGCAUGCUUACCUCCUCGCCACAUGCUUACAUGCUCGCAGCAUGCUUACCUACUCGGCGCAUGCUGACCUGCUCAACGCAUGCUCACCUGCUCACCGCAUGCUUACCUGCUCGCCACAUGCUUACCUGCUCGCCACAUUCUUACCUGCUCGCCGCAUGCUUACCUGCUCGCCACAUGCUUACCUGCUCGCCACAUGCUCACCUGCUCGCCGCAUGCUUACCUGCUCGGCGCAUGCUGACCUGCUCACCGCAUGCUCACCUGCUCGCCACAUGCUUACCUGCUCGCCGCAUGCCCACCUGCUCGCCGCAUGCUUACCUGCUCGCUACAUGCUUACCUGCUCGCCGCAUGCUUACCUGCUCACCGCAUGCUUACCUGCUCGCCGCAUGCUUACCUGCUCGCCACAUGGUUACCUGCUCGCCGCAUGCUUACCUGCUCGCCACAUGCUUACCUGCUCGCCACAUGCUUACGUGCUCGCCGCAUGCUUACCUGCUCGCCGCAUGCUCACCUGCUCGCCGCAUGCUUGCCUGCUCGCCACAUGCUUACCUGCUCGCCGCAUGCUCACCUGCUCGCCACAUGCUUACCUGCUCGCCACAUGGUUACCUGCUCGCCGCAUGCUUACCUGCUCGCCACAUGCUCACCUGCUCGCCGCAUGCUCACCUGCUCGCCGCAUGCUCACGUGCUCACCACAUGCUCACCUGCUCGCCGCAUGCUCACCUGCUCGCCGCAUGCUCGCCUGCUCGCCACAUGCUUACCUGCUCGCCACAUGCUUACCUGCUCGCCGCAUGCUUACCUGCCCGCCACAUGCUUACCUGCUCGCCGCAUGCUUACCUGCUCGGCGCAUGCUGACCUGCUUACCGCAUGCUCGCCUAUUGUCCACAUGCUUACCUGCUCGCCGCAUGCUUACCUGCUCGGCGCAUGCUGACCUGCUCACCGCAUGCUCACCUGCUCACCGCAUGCUUACCUGCUCGCCACAUGCUUACCUGCUCGCCACAUGCUUACCUGCUCGCCGCAUGCUUACCUGCUCGCCACAUGCUUACCCGCUCGCCACAUGCUCACCUGCUCGCCGCAUGCUUACCUGCUCGGCCCAUGCUGACCUGCUCACCGCAUGCUCACCUGCUCGCCACAUGCUUACCUGCUCGCCGCAUGCUCACCUGCUCGCCACAUGCUCACCUGCUCGCCGCAUGCUUACCUGCUCGGCGCAUGCUGACAUGCUCGGCGCAUGCUGA